UGCACCAGUUGUGCAAGCAAGGCCAACUACAUGCCCUGCAUAGACCUAUCAAAUUAUGAUACGACAGCGCACUUAACAUUCAAGCCGACCUUCUUAACAUUUCCUCAGACAUGGAACUGAGCAGGUAGGUAGCAUGUCUCUGAGAGACGAUUCUAGAACAUAACCAAAUGCCAUGUAAAGGGGACCACGAGAGGGAGGGCGACGAUCCUACAGCAGGAAAGCGGGCAACGCUCAAAGAGAAUGCCAAGAAGUUCAUAAUCCGAACAGCGGGAGUUUCUCUCACUUUAUUGUCAGCAUUAGCGGGUGCUAUCGCGGGAGUGUUCUUCAAACUAACAGGUGAAAUGGAUUCAUUCGAAAUACUAGUAUUUCGUGGCCUCGCGACAUUUGUUUUAGCUGUGACGUGCUCGCUUUACAAGAGGAAAACAGUGCUAUUAGUAAAGAAUCGCCAUCUUUGGUUCGCUGCGACAGGAAAUGCGCUCAGUAACGCCCUCUUCUACUUGUCUGCGUCGCAUAUGAACUAUGGGGACACAAGCGCAAUCUUUCUUCUUUGUCCGAUUCUGGUAGGCAUUAUCGGUCAUUUUUAUCUCAAGGAACUCUACACUAAGGUGGACGCUGUAAUCACUGUUGUGAUAAUUUUCGGCGUACUGCUGGUUAUCCAGCCGGACUUUCUCGUCAGGCUUUUAUAUCCGAAUAACGACGACAACUUCAAAGACGUCACCAACAGGAACAUAACAAACGCCACCAUUUUGAAAAAUAAUCCGAACACCUCUGAAGGAUUCAAUACGACGAUUUCCUUCAACGGAAUCGUCAAUGGAACUAAAAAUUCAACGGAAAGUGUGGGAAAUGACAAACAACAAAGUCUGGUGAUUUCUCGCGAGAUUGCAGGAGUAAUAGCACUCGGUGCGGCUAUUUCUGUCUCCUGCAGCUUCAUUUUUGUCCGGCGCUGCGGGAAGGUCUUCUUUCCGACGGCGUUGGCACAAUAUAGUCUUACCAAUGCAGUUCUCUCGGCUAUCCCAGCCACCGCACUCGGGUUGUGGCAAUUCCCUCCAAGCCCCUUGCAAUGGAUUUAUCUCUCUUGCUACAUAUCAUCUGCCCUGCUUUCUCAGACGUUAUAUUUGGCGGCUUUUCGGAAAGCUCAUGCAGCUUUGGUGUCUACAGUCUUAGUUUCAAUUAUCCCGAUGACGUAUUGUUUACAGCUCGUGGUUCUCGGACAUUACCCAACGGUGCUGCCCUCAGUGGGCGCAGUGAUAAUCACUUGUGGCGCGCUGGUGUUUAGUUUAUUGAGAUAUCGCCGCGAACGAAGAGAGACAGAAAAGCAAAAGAAGUUGGCUGCCGAGGAAAUGAACUGUGUUGAUUCGGUGGAACUUGUAGCCCUGACUGGCUCGCUGACCAGAACAAGGGUUAACGGACACGAUAGGGAGAAGGGAAGUGCUGACGACGGUCAUGACGGUGGCUGACAGAUACACACCCCACGCAGUUCUGUAGUCGUGUAAUGUACAUGUGUAUUUUAAAAAGAUAUGGCAUUUUUCAUACCUCACCACAACAUCCUGAUGUCCAUCAUUACAGACAUCUCUGAAGCCCUGAAUGCGUGGCUGCGGAAUAGUGCCCACCUUGAGGUUAAUCUACGCCAGAACAACACAGCAGCCACUGAGACUACAAUGCAUGAGUUACGAUAUAAACUUCAUCAAUCCAUCUUCACACGCACAAGAGAACGUUUAGCUUCUCUCCGCAUGUCCGUCCAAGCGACAACAGCGUCAUAUCUGCAAGAGGCUGACACCACUCUCUACAGUCUGGGAGACUACAUUGCAAAGAAGUCUCUUUAGUCAAUGUUUAUUUACUUGAAAGAAACGUCCCUGAAGCCCUUACUGUUUUGUGGUGCAUGCGCAUGUGGUGCAUGUUUGAAUACUCGCCGCUCUGUAGACACACAACUCCUGCCAAAAUUCAUUACCCAAGGGUACUACAUUCAUAGUCAAACCUGCUGCUGAAAAUGUUAACAUGUAUUGUAUGUCUACAACACUACUUAAUAACUACCUCAUAAUUGUGCCAACUGAUAUAUCUGCACAUGAAACAUAGCCAAAUGAUGCACUUACGUGUCCAACCCAGAAUCUAUUUCAGUCUUGCACAAUACCU